AUGAAGAAUUACGUGCUUGCCGUGGACGGUGCUCCUGAACCCUAUCGUCUGACCGGCACUGCAUUGGUGGAUAUCGAAUUGACCGACUACAAUGACGAACCACCGAAUAUUGAGAUCCUCAUAGCUCAAAAUGGCAACUUGAAUAGCAUCUCUAAUGUCAACAUGAACGGCGGUAUCACGCCAAUGAUUCCACCGGGAUCGAGGCAUCAAGAGCUCGUGGCGUACAUCGAGGAGUCACCGUCACCGGACAUCGUUAUUGCCUAUGUACAGGUCUCGGAUAAGGAUGAGAAUGGUGAAGAUCAGGUUGAAUGCCAUCUGGGAGCCCGUGACAACUUUACACUUCAAGCUGACUCCUCUUCCUCUGGUGGCAAGAUGGAUCACUUCGGAUUCGAGACGGCCUCCCUGAAUGAGCGGGCGAGUAGGCGAAUCAGUGAGUAUCGAGUUUUGGCUAAGGUUCCCUCGGGAGGUGACCAGUCGACAGGUGAGGCAUCAAGCCUUCAAGAUCGCCUGGAUCGUGAGACCACACCGAGUCAGUUGCUCACCAUAAUCUGUGAGGAUCGGAAUGGUAAUCAUGCGGAGAUACGAAUUCGUUUACAUCUCCUCGAUAUCAACGAUAAUCCGCCACGAUUCCUCAACGAUAGCUACUUCAACUUCUCGCUCGCUGAGAACCGCGAACCAGUAGGGAAUCAACAAGUUUGGCUAGGUAGAGUGCAGGCUGUGGAUCCAGAUUUGGGCGAGAAUGCCAGGAUUUCGUAUCACCUCGCUCCGGAUCAGAGCGCGCAUCUUGAUGGCCAAUUCGGAUCGAGUCCGCAACAGCUCUUUCGUGUUCAACCAGACACUGGGGAUAUCUACGCACAAGUCAGUUUGGAUCGUGAAAAUGCGCCUGAGAAUGGUGUGUACAGCUUUAAUGUCCUUGCUAUGGAUCAUGGAAAGCCUCAGCAACUCACCGGUACAGCUCGAGUAGAUGUGACCGUCUUGGAUGUGAAUGACUGGCCACCAGAAUUCACUCGAGACAUCUACACAUUCGAGGUGCCUGAAGACCUUGAACUUCGUGAGGUCGUGGGAGUUGUAGAGGCUGUUGAUAGGGAUGCAACUGCUGGAGCAAAUUCCAUCACAUACCACCUCAAUCCACCUCGUGCUGGAUUGGUUCAACGAUCCUUGAAGAAUGAGACAGUGGAACGCAGGAAACGUGACUCCAUGAUGCAACAACAACAGCAGCCUCUAUUCAUGCCACAUUUAGAGCCAUCCAAAGUGAGGGAUGAAAGACCACUUUCCUACUUUUCCAUCGACAGUCGAACUGGAGAGAUUCGGGUUAUACGAAAGCUCGAUCGUGAAUCCAACGGCUACUUUACCUUUGAAGUCCUGGCAAUCGACUCCCUAUUGGCUGGAUCAUCCGCCCAGUCGAUCUUACCAUCCCAACCGUCACAGCCUACUAGACGAGGCUUCAAGGGUGGUGAAGUGUUCACGGCAACUGCAACAGUCGUGGUGACACUGACAGAUGUCAACGACAAUGCGCCCGAGUUCCGCUAUCCCAACACGUCAAUCCUCCUUCACAUGGCGCCAGGCGAGACCCUGGGCCACAAAAUUCUAACCGUGCAAGCUGUAGAUGCUGACUAUGGGGAGAAUGCACGCAUCUCGUAUAGCAUUCGUUCCGAGAUCCCCAUUCCACAGGAUGGACCGGGAACCGGCAACUUCGCGAUCGACGAGACCAGUGGACUCAUCUUUCUUACAAGACCCAUUCAAGGACCCGUGAACCACCGUCUUGUCAUCGAAGCCUGCGACCACGGUGGCCAACCAAAGUGUGUCUCCUCACCGGCCAUCCAAAUCGCCGUUUCUGAGGACGCAAAACUCGUUGGUGGUAGUGUUGGCAGUGGAGGCAACGUUGCUGGUAAUGGCGGCGGUGGUGGAGCUAUCAACGGCGGAGGCGGUGUGGGAGGCCGCGCCCUUGACCGCAGUGACGUCUCCGGUUCGGACCAUCGAUUCAACAACUUGGAUGGUUUCUACGACAGUCUCUAUGACCACAAUCCGCCACAUCGUGUUGAAGUUAUUGCAGCUUGUUUAGUGGUUGUGUUCGGAGUCCUCCUUCUAGCUGCUAUUGUCCUCGUCUGUCUACUCAAACGACGACCUCUUGUGAACGGUCAGCAGAGACCGAAUCACCAAAAUCAGCAGCAUCAAGGGAGGCUCGACUACACCUGCACUCCACUCUGGAACUGUCAGUGGUCGUUCUUCCGACAUCAGAAAAGUACUAACGCGAAAAGAAACGCACAGCAUUACGUACCGACGCAGACUCAAGAAGUCUUGAAUGAUCCAAGAUUCUCUGAUGGUCAAAGCAUUGAAUCCUCAGUGGCUAAAGGAAUGAUCUCCACUGAUUCCAUCACAAACACACUGGAGGAGGAGAAGAAGCCUCUUUACUAUGAUGGUCUUGGAGUGCUAGCACUCGAUGCCAUGGCUUCAAGAGGGCUUCGACAUCCAGUCGAGUAUUCCACUGGUGAGGGUGGUGGUGGCGGCGGAGGAAUGCCAGUCCCUGUAGUUUUCACUGGACAUCCUCCUCGUGUCUACGGAACCCUUCCAGUCGUGUCUACAAUCCUUUCCGAUGGUCAGACCGCCACCAAUACCCUCGUAGCUAGACCCGGUUUUCAACCCCGAUCCGGAAGAGGUCAUCCAACCAACGUAACUCCCCCCUCUCCCGACUAUCAAAGUCUUGAUCAACUCGCCGCACGCCCAAUAUGGCAGGCAGGUCCCCACCACGGUGUAGACAUGUUCGUGGGUUCACCACGCACCAGUCGUCCAAUUAACAACAACUCCGUCUCCUCCUCCUCCACAAGCUAUGGAUGUCUCAUCGAUCCCCCCUGCAUCAACACCCCACGUCGAAAUAACCACUACGAAGUAUCAUCCAGCAGUGGUGGUCGUCCGCGUCAGCGAAGUGCUACAUUAGGACGUCUCGGUGCUAUGACAGAAGAACCCGAGGCAGGCGAAAACGAUGGAACAACUGGACCAAUAGGCGGAAAGAGAGGAGGAGUGUUAACAGGUGGAGGUAGCGUCACUACAAGGUCUUACUCCCAGCUGCAGGCAACCUCUGGAGUGGAGACUGAUGCUGUGGAAAGGGAUCGACCAACACGUUAUACUUAUCAGGCGAUUCGGGAAGCCAGUUUUGUGUAG